GCGAAUUUAUUGGAAAUUGCAUGUGAAAUUAGGUCACCGCCCAACCCCACCGCCCCGUCCCUUUUCUGUAGAGCGGAGAAACCGGAAGAAGAGCAAGGAAUUUACCGAGGCUAAGUUAGAAAAAGAUAAGUUUUGCAUCUGUUGAGAAGUGCACACCUGUCCUCUCCUUGCUGGUUGCAAUGAUAAUGACCGAGAAGACUGAGCAGAAAAGGCUGUGCAAGAUCCUGAAGGUUUUGGCUAUCACGGCAGUGGUUACUGUGCUCAGUGUCCAUGGCAUUACUUUGGCAGUCACGAGCCCUACAGUCACUUCCCAGUUGUGGGAUGUUUAUAGGGGUGAGAACAAAGGCAGAGAAGAAGCGGCACAAGAACAGACAUUUGUGGAGCAGGCAGAAUCCUCCAAAGGCUCUGUCUUGCAGCCUACAACCUGUGACAUCCCUCCCGACAGGCGCUUUGAUUGUGCCCCAGAAAAGCUCAUCUCUCAAAAAGAAUGUCAGGCUCGGGGCUGCUGUUACAUCCCCGUUUCUCACGUGGAUUCUACCACAGGGAGUCCGUGGUGCUUUUUCCCUCCCAACUAUCCAAGUUACAAGAUGAAGAACCUGACUGCCACUGAAACUGGCUAUACUGCCCGCUUGACCCGUGAUACGCCCACUUUUCUCCCAGAUGACAUAAUGAACUUGCAGCUGGAUGUGAUGUUUGAGACAGAGGGUAGGCUUCACUUCACACUUAAAGAUCCAGCCAACAAACGCUUUGAAGUCCCUUUGGAAACUCCUCAAAUGAGCAGCAAGGCAUCCUCAACUCUCUACUCUGUUCAGUUCUCUGCUGAUCCCUUUGGCCUUGUUGUUCGGAGAUCCAAUGGACAAGUCCUACUCAAUACCUCAGUGGCUCCUUUGUUCUAUGCUGACCAGUUCCUGCAGAUCUCCACCUCCCUGCCAUCGGCUUUCAUCUCUGGACUGGGUGAACAUUUGACCUCACUCAUCCUUAAUGUCAGUUGGACUAAGGUCACCCUCUGGAAUCGGGACGUGGCGCCUGUGCCCUCUGCAAAUCUAUAUGGCUCACACCCUUUCUACUUGGUGUUAGAAGAAGGUGGCUUGGCCCAUGGAGUCUUUUUGCUGAACAGCAAUGCCAUGGAUGUGAUACUGCAGCCCAGUCCAGCCAUAACAUGGAGAACAACUGGGGGUAUCCUGGAUUUCUAUAUCUUUCUGGGCCCAGAUCCAAAGAGCGUGAUUGGCCAAUAUAUGGAUGUCAUUGGGUACCCCUUCAUGCCCCCAUACUGGGCUCUGGGAUUCCAUCUCUGUCGCUGGGGAUACACCUCCACAGCUAUCACUCAGGAAGUAGUCAAGAACAUGACAGCAGCACAGUUUCCCCUGGAUGUGCAGUGGAAUGACCUGGAUUAUGCUGAUGCAAAGAGGGAUUUUACCUUCGAUAAGAAUAGGUUCCGAGGUAUGCCCGACAUGGUGCGUGCUUUCCAUCGUGAUGGCCGGAGGUACGUCAUGAUUGUGGAUCCUGGUAUCAGUAGUUCCAGCCCCUCUGGUAGUUACAAACCCUAUGAUGAAGGCCUGAAACAAGGUGUCUUCAUCUUAAAUGCAACAGGGCAGCCUCUGAUAGGGAAGGUUUGGCCUGGACCCACUGCCUUCCCGGACUUUACCAACCCACAGGCCCAGCUGUGGUGGCACAACAUGGUGAAGGAUUUCCAUGACCAAGUGCCCUUUGAUGGCAUGUGGAUCGACAUGAAUGAGCCAUCCAACUUUGUGGAAGGUUCCUUGGAUGGCUGUCCGAAUAACAAACUGGAGAACCCCCCUUAUGUGCCAGGUGUUCUGGGGGGCUCCCUGAAGACACACACAAUCUGUGCUUCCAGUAAGCAAUAUCUGUCUUCUCACUAUAACCUGCACAAUCUGUAUGGGCUGAUGGAGGCCAUUGCUUCACAUGACGCUUUAGUGACAGUGCGAGGGAAACGCCCAUUUGUGAUUUCUCGUUCCACCUUUGCAAGCCAUGGUCGCUAUGCUGGCCACUGGACUGGAGAUAUUGCAAGCUCCUGGGAACAUUUAUACUACACCAUACCAGCGAUGCUGCUCUUUAACCUCUAUGGCGUCCCAUUGGUUGGUGCUGACGUCUGUGGCUUUGUGGGCAACACUUCAGAAGAGCUAUGUGUGCGCUGGACCCAGCUGGGUGCCUUCUAUCCAUUCAUGCGAAACCACAAUGACCAUGGAAACAGGCCUCAGGAGCCAUUCGCCUUCAGCCAAGGAGCCCAGCAGGCCAUGAGGAAAGCCCUUCUUCUGCGCUACUCACUCCUUCCCUACCUCUACACUCUCUUCCACAAGACCCAUUCUGCAGGAGAGACCGUAGCCCGCCCUCUUUAUCUGGAGUUCCCACAAGACCCUAAUACAUGGAAUGUUGACCGGCAGCUCAUGUGGGGAGCAGCACUUCUUAUCACCCCUGUACUGGAGGCAGGGAAGACAACAGUCAGCGGCUACUUCCCUUUGGGCACAUGGUACAACCCGAUGACUGGAUUUACCAUUCACAGCAAGGGUCAGUGGAUUCUCUUACCAGCUCCACUUGACACAAUCAAUGUCCACAUACGUGCAGGAUACAUCCUACCAUUGCAGGAGCCUGCCUUAACAACCACAGAGUCCCGCAAAAAGGGGAUGACCCUAGUGGUGGCUUUGACAUCAGAAGGGGUGGCUAGAGGUGACCUGUUCUGGGAUGAUGGUGAAGGACUGGCGACUUUCGAGAAGGGCGAUUAUACACAGAUCCUCUUUCUGGCAAGAAAUGGCAUGCUGGUUAAUGAAAUUGUGAGGCUCAACUGCCAAGUCGAUGGGCUGCUGCUGCAGGCGGCGUCGGUGUUGGGUGUUCCCAGCCCUCCUCAUCACGUCCUGGCAAAUGGCCUCCCCGUUACAGACUUCUCUUACCGCUUAGACACUAAGAUCCUUAACAUCUCCCUCUCUCUGCCGAUGAGAGAGCAAUUUGUCAUCACCUGGUCCUGACCCUACAAUGGACGCUCAUCAGUUUUGCAGAAGCACAAUGAAGAACGGACAAUCUACUGAUGAAUGCAUGUGAUAUCUUGAUGAUUUCUCUAAGAAUGCUUCCUUUAGGAAAAGAACAGUUUCUUCUGGAGAAAGAGGAGGACCUUGAAGGUUUCGUUAAAAGAAAACUGCUUAGCCACCCUUGCUCUGAAUGAGACUGAGCUGUUCCUUUGCCAUUCUUGUAAGGUCCUUACUUUUCUGAAGGAGAAAAAUAAUGGGAAAGGAAGAUGACUGUUGUUUGGGUGUGACAAAUGCACCCGCAAUGGUACUUCCAGAUCUGGGAUUAAGCCUGCACAAGUGCUGAAGCUGAGGGAGUCCUCCUCCCAUUCACCAUCUUAGUUACCAUGCUCCAUACUUCUUAGAAUCAAGGCCCAGUCUCCCAUUGGCUAGAAUAAUUCUGAACUGGUCUCUGAAGCAUUAUGGGAAACUGAUAGUUUUUUGGAACAGGAGUGGAAAUGCUCUGGGAAGAACUGCAAUAUUUCAGAGCAGUCACAUCAUUCAUUUUCAAGUCAUUAGGGCAGCUAGGGGGAAGGCAGUCAAAGUGUGCCACUGAUACAGUUUGUGCCAAAUAUUCCCAUUUUCAGAAACAGACUUCAGGAGGAGAAGUAGGUUAUCUACCUCAAGAGCAAUUUUUUACUUGAAAAAAGAAAAAGAAAAUCCACCCUCUAUCUGGAGAGAUCCAAUGUAGAAAGAGAGAGUUGCUGUGGGAACUUAGGGAGGGCAUGGAGCAUCUUUGCUUUUGAAAUCUGUAAUGUCUUCUCAGUGUUGAUCAAAAGUGGAGUAUCUUUCCAGUAAAGAUUAUCCUGAAUGUUG